AUGCCUAGCUUCAAGAGUACUCAUUCGAGUGUUCCACAAAGCAAUUCAAUUGAUAUGUCUGGAGAUUCUACUACAGGCGCCAAUGAGGUGAGCUAUUUUAGAUCGACUCGUCAAACUAAAGUGGUAGACAACCAGCAACAACCCAAUACUAAUGAAUCAGACGCCGCUCAAUCCGUCGCUACAAUCCUGAGUGAAGGAGCCACUGAUAUGCCUGAUUGGUGCAAGUUACUCAUUGAAUCGGAUCCAAAUUGCUCUUAUAAUGCUGGAUCCCACGCAUUGAGUGCAUUAGAAAGCAUGAUAUCCACGUACUUGAGGAAGGAAAUGGAGUCAGAAGGUUCGUAUUCUUCUUCAGCCACGCCGCCUACUUCCACUUCAGGUUCUGGUCGUAGUACUCCUACACCACCACCGGUGCGCGGCCACCACAUUAGUUCUCUUAUUAGUCACAAGAUCAAAAAGACAAAACAUACAAACAGAUUAUUCAAGUUAUCCACCUUCUCAAGUGAUGUAACAAAGAAGAUUCAAUUAGCUACAACUCAAAAUGGAUUACAAGGUACCUUUAACGCUAAAGUAUUCCAAAAGAUCAAUGAACUCCAGCAGAGUCCUCAUGGUUGCAAACCUGGAUUUCUUUAUGAAUCACAAGAACUUUGUUUGGCAAUUCCUCGUCUCAAGUACUUAAGAAGUGUUCAAUUUCUUCAAAGAUGUUGUCAUGAGGAUCAUAAAGUUGAAGGAGAAACGUUUGAUUACUCCUUCAAUUUGGAUCAUAAUCACGAUAGUGUUUAUACUCCACAAGUUGUUCGAUCUGAAAUCGAUGAAGACGGGAACUUGAUCAAUUCCACAAGAGCAGGACUUUGUGCAUAUUGUGAAGAACCAAAGUUCUUCAAUAUAAAGACAAGUAGUUAUGCUCAACAUUUAUGUCUUCAACAUGGGAUUCUGACACAGGGGAAACUUCUCCCCUUUCCCAUUGCCUAUGGUAAGUACUAUUUCCAUAAACCGGAAAAUGUCACAUCUAAAAAGAAGCGUCAUACCGUGGCACAGUAUCACUUUGAUGAUGCCGUGUUGUGUCCCAUGUGCCUUACACCUUUAGGUAUUGGAUGCACAGGAAAGACCAAGAAUCGUCCAUUGGUGAAUUAUCUUCGCCAUUAUAGAGAUUCCCAUGGUCAAUCCGCUGAAGGCAAACAAGCUUUGCUUGAGGCAGUGUGGGAAGCUCAUUCUGAGGAAUCUGAGAUUUCGAAUACAACAUCUAGAUGA